CCCCCGCCGAUCACAAACCAUAAUUCCUUCCGAAAAUAUUUCUCACAAAGCAAAAUUCCCUCAUUAUUUUCUCUCUCUUCCACCCCCAAUCAUCUCACCGGUACCUGUUCAUGGCCACCAACGUCGACGAUAGCUCACCGUUUCCGGCGCUCCGUAAACUACGACAUCAACCAUUAGCGGCAACCCUGACCCGCGCUUCGCCGGUUCUCCGGGAAGAUUGUUGGUCGGAGGAUGCCACCCACGCGCUCGUUGAAGCCUGGGGGUCCCACCACCUCGCCCUCAACCGCGGAAACCUCCGCCAGCACCAUUGGCUAGAAGUCGCCGCCACUGUUAACACCAUCGGUGACCGGCGCCGUCGAACCGACAUUCAGUGCAAAAACCGCAUCGACACGUUGAAGAAGAAGUACAAGAUCGAGAAAUCCAGGACCAUUGAUCCCUCCGGCACUUACGUCAGCCCUUGGCCGUUCUUCUCCCGCCUCGAUUACCUUAUCUCCGGCGACGGCGAAAAACUUCACUCUUCUCGAAAAAUAUCACCAGACACUCCGUCUACGGCGACAGCGCUGACGAACUUCCCGGUGGCUCCUAGGUCGGCGUUGAUAAGGAAACGGCCGGUUCCCGUUGACGACUCUUUUUUCCGGCGGCAGUUUGCGGCGGUUGUCGCGGCGGCGGCUGAGAUGGAGGAGCGGGAAGAUGAGGAGGAGGAAAGAGAGUCAUCGGAGCGAACUGGGACGUCGAGUGACGGCGGAAGGAGAGAUAGAAGGGAGAAGGAGGAGGAAGGAGGGUGCAACAAUGGAUGUCGGCAUUUGGCGGAGGCGAUAAUGAGGUUUGGAGAGGUGUAUGAGAGAGUAGAGACGGUUAAGCAAGAGCAAUUGAUUGAGCUAGAAAAGCAUAGGAUGCAGUUUACUAAGGAUUUGGAGUAUCAAAGGAUGAAAUUGUUUAUGGAUACUCAGCUUCAGCUUGCUAGGAUUAAACGCUCCAAACAUUCUGAUGAUGCUGACAGUUACUUGUAGCUCGUGAAUGGAGAAGAAAGAGAAAGGACACAGUUGUUUGUUAAUAGUUCAUGAUAGGAAUUCUGGGAAUCCUGCUCAAAACUGGCAACUCAGUGUAUCUGAUUGAUACCGGUUAUGAUUCACAACAGAACUCAGAUAAGUUUUAGGAUAUAGAUCUAGCUUUCAGAAGGUGUGUAAUUACAUCAAAAGUCCCUGUUUCAUUUUUUUCCGUUUUCUUUUUGCUAAUUAGGAACAUGAAUCUAGGAAUACAUACAGAGUUACUCCUUAGUUCUUAGCAUGUUUAAGGUAUGUUUGUUUAGCAUCUUAUUACUAUCUGAAAUUCAGUAUGAGUAACAUUUGUCUUUGUUUCACUUUGGUGAUGUCCUUCAAAUGGCAUGUUAAGAUCACAA